AUGUCCCUGCGAGCAGAUGCUCCCCAGUGUGGAGGGGUGGUGGUAGAGUUUGAGUCUGACGACAGUGGGGAGGCCAGGGACAGGAAGGCAAGGACUAAACCAGCUACAGCCCUCAUCUACCUCAGGGGUCCUAAGUUCCUGAUAUAUGUAAGCGGAGCACUGUCUAUGUGGGGUGACCGCAUGUGGCACUUUGCCAUCUCUGUGUUCCUGAUCGAGCUAUACGGUCGGAACCUGCUGUUGACCGCCAUUUUCGGCCUGGUGGUGGCCGGGUCAGUGCUUCUCCUGGGGGCUCUGAUUGGAGACUGGGUUGACCGCAACCCCAGAAACAAAGUGGCUCACGCAUCACUGUUCAUUCAGAACAUUUCAGUGACGGUGUGUAGCAUUGUGCUCAUGUUGGUGUUCUCAUAUAAACAAUGGAUUGAGCAGAUUUGGGAUGGAUGGUUGACUGUGGUUUGUUAUACGGUGGUGAUCGUCCUGGCAGAUGUGGCUAACCUCGCGAGCACGGCGCUGACCAUCGCCAUUCAGAGGGACUGGAUAGUGGUUAUCACUGGCUAUAACCGCGGUCAUCUUGCCGGGAUGAACGCGACCAUGCGUCGCAUCGAUCAGGUGACCAACAUCCUGGCACCCCUGGCAGUGGGACAGGUCAUGACCCUGGCCUCGAACGUGGUUGGCUGCGGCUUCAUCCUGGGCUGGAACCUGGUGUCCCUCAUAGUGGAGUUCAUCUUCCUGUCGCGGGUCUACCGCAUCGUCCCUGAGCUGUCCGUCAAACCGCCCGUGGAGGAUGAGCACGAAGCGUGCCAGCAUAGGAACAGGGGAAGGAGGUCACAAGGGGACGCCAAAGAGAGAGAAGCCCCGGUGGUGACGAGCCAGGACGACUGCAGCGCGAGAAAGAUCCCCGACCCGCCUCUCUGCGUCCGGAGGAUCCGCUGCCUCCUCAGCACCUGCAAGGACGGCUGGAGGGCCUACUACCGCCAGCCCGUCUUUCUGGCCGGCAUGGGCCUGGCCUUCCUCUACACCACCGUGCUGGGCUUCGACUGCAUCACCACGGGCUACGCCUACACCCAGGGCAUCAGCGGCUCACUGCUCAGCGUUCUGAUGGGGGUUUCGGCCAUCACGGGCCUCAUGGGGACGGUGAUGUUCACCAAGCUGAGGAAGGCGUACGGCCUGGUCAACACGGGCAUCAUCUCCAGCUGCCUCCACCUGGGCUGCCUGCUGCUGUGCGUUUUCUCCGUGUUCGCGCCCGGGAGCCCCGCGGACCUCAGCCUGUUCGUGCCCCUCGCCGACUCCAACGCGUCGUCGGAGGCCGGGGGCAUGUCGCGGCCUGGCGCCGAGCGGGCCUACCCCCUGCGGAGGAGCAGCAACAUGCCACUGCUGCCCGAUCGCUCGUCCAUCCACUGGACCAACAACACGGUGCUGUUCGAGAACAUGCCCUCGGGAACGGCGCCGGACUCCUACGUCUCCAUCGUCCUGCUCUUCCUGGGCGUCAUCACGGCUCGCAUCGGUCUGUGGUCCUUCGAUCUGACCGUGACCCAGCUCCUGCAGGAGAACAUCUGCGUGUCGGAGAGGGGGGUGGUGAAUGGGGUGCAGAGCUCCAUGAACUACCUCAUGGACCUCCUCCACUUCAUCAUGGUGAUCUCGGCUCCGCAGCCGCAGCACUUCGGCGUCCUGGUCAUCAUCUCCGUCUUGUUCAUCACCAGCGGACACGUCAUGUACUUCCUGUACGCGCGCAAAGCCAAGCGAAAACAGAUCGGCGACACGUAA